AUGGGCCUUGUCCACACGACCCCCUCGCCCUCAAUAUCAGUCCCAUUGUAUGCCACUAUCACCCAGAAGAUAAGUACUAAAUGUCAAAGAAACCUGGAGCUAGAUUAUGAUGAGGAAGAUGAUAGGCCUAAUGAUCGUAUGGAAGACCUAUGUGACGACGAUGAUAUAGACGAUUUGGAUGCUCUAACUUUCGUCAACGCAACAGCCGUAUCAAGAACAGAAGCCGAUGGAAAUGAUGUCACCUAUAACUGUAGAGAAUUCGGUGUCGGUAAUGAACUUUGGAUGCUCGCCCAAUACCUCGUGCACUGGGAUGGCUACCAGGCUAAUCUGCAGGCUGCCUUCGAGAGACAGUUCCUUUCAGAGAGCUUUGUAGAUGUGACACUGGCAGUAGAGUCUGGACUAAUAAAAUGUCACAAGGUGGUUCUGUGUGCAGCCAGCAGCUACUUCCAGCAACUCCUCUCCCAGCACAGCUGCCCUCACCCCAUCAUCUUCAUGCGAGACAUGCAGUACUGGGAGGUUAUUGCACUGGUAGACUUCAUGUACAGAGGAGAGGUGAGUGUAGAGGAGGACAAAUUGGAAGCACUGAUGCGAGCAGCUCAAACGUUGCAAGUCCACGGGUUGUCGAGUUGUCUAAAAGCUUGCUUGGAGAAGAGCAACAUCACCCAGCCAGAACUGAAUGACAAUGAGGCAGAAGCAGAAGCGGAAGAUUCUCAAGAGAAGUUGCAGAUACCGUCCCUAGAGCCUCAGGUUCAACUGUCUACAGUGAUAAGCAAACUGUGUGAACUGAACAGUGAGUUGGAAUUGAGACCCAUCACUCCCGCUGAGUCUACUUAUAGGGACAGAGACAGGAGAGGGAGUAACUUUCCCUCUCUGCCUUUGCCCUUGGAUAGAGAGGAAGUCCCUACAUCACAAAAGAAUGUGGUGAAGGAAGAAAUAGAAUUUAUCGAAGACAGAUCACAACUAUCUCCAGCUCAUCUAGAGCCACUAAUUCAAAUCCAGAGCGUUUUCUCUGAACAGUCCCAGCCAGAGGAGAAAACAGAGAAUUCAGACGACUGUAUUGAAGUUGAGGAUGAAACACACCCUACUACACCAACUGCAUCAGUGUCACAGGCUGAACCAAACUUUAGACAAUUCCUGCUUGUCAGUCCCAUGUCAUCAGCAGGAGGUGGUGGACUCCCCGAGCUGACACCGAUGGCAGACUUCAAGCCCAAGUUCUACCAGGAUAUGCCUUUAUACAAGAAGUAUUCCCCACGUGUGUUGGAACAAGCUCUGCGAGAUCUGCAGACAGGAAGGUUCCGGUCUAUUCGUGCGUGCGCCAGACACCAUGGUAUUCCCAUGACCACUCUCCGUUACCGUGCCAAGGUACACCUCAAGAAACCCCAUUGGAUGGCCAAUGACUGAAGUACAUGAAGAGAUUUUGAUAAUAAAGUUUAAAAUAUAUUGUUAUUCGAUAAAAUAUAUUACAGUGUGGACAAUAUGCUGAAUACUUAGUUCAGACAAAUCCUUUAAUAGUUAACAAAAUUUAUGACAUUGAUUUAUAUGUGUUUUCAAGACGCAAUGCACCAGCUAUAUCAACUCUAGUCAUACAUUUCUGCGUACAGAAGUGUAUUGUUUUGUGUAUUAACACACCAAUUCACUCUUUGCUUGUUCAGCAUCUAAAUAACUGACACUGUUACAGACUUAACUCCAGAAAUCUAGAGUUAGCAUCUGUUUGAAGAGAUCCAAUAAGAUCGAAACGGUGGUGCACAAGAACUUCCUCAUUGCCUAGAUAUUUCAAUAGCUCUGAACACAUUACAAUCGAGGUAUACGGAUUAGGGGGGAAAACCAAACUAUACACCCAGUGUGUUGGCAAACCAAGUCAUUUAGAAACCGUACCAGCGACUGCCUUGUGCUAUAAGACGCUAUUGGUACACUACACUAGAGUUGUUGUAAUAUAAACGGUAUGGUUUCUGAAUGACGGUUCGCCAACACACUGAGUGUGUGGUUGUGUUUAUCUUCCUUAUCUAUAAAACUUAGGUAUAAUACAAUGUGUUCAGAAGCAUUGGAAUAUCUAGACAAUAAGAAAGUACUUGAAUUGGAGUAUUAGUACACAAAAUCCUUGUUAACCUUUCCCAUUAAUGCUUGGCACAAGCCUAGGGAAGAAGUAUAUUAAUAGAAAUAUUUCUCUAAAAUUAAGAUGUACCUAUUUAUAUAUUUGAAUGUCAACUUGAAAGCUAUUUUCUCUAUCAUAACUUUCAUCUUUUUUGUUGUACAAAAGAAAAGUUUUAAUCAAAUUUGCAAUACAAGGUGAUUAGUACCUCCCCUUUUUUGAUAGGUGACAUAAAAGUACUUGCAACCUUUAGAGUAACAUUCUUGUUACCUUUACUCAUAUGUCCAAUUAUAUAUUUUGUUAGUGGCUCCAUUUAUCAUGAUAGCAUUAAAAAAAUUAUAAAGAGCUUAAAUUUUCUUUUAAUAUGAAUCUUUGGUAUAACAAUCUUUUCAAAGUAAACAAAAAAGGAGCAAUUGCAAUUCUAUAAUUAAAUGUGUAUUGGGGUGCUGCUUCUUCAAGUGAAUCUCCCCCUCUCCUAUUUCCCACUCCAUGUGCUCAUAACUUAUUUCAUAUUUCUAUCUUUGGUUGUUCAAAAAUCACAAGUGGAGGAAGAAAUUUUAUAAUUACCUUGUAGGCUAUAUUAUUUACUUUGUAAAACGAUUGUUAUUAAGUUUUCAAUUGUUUGGUAUUAUAUUGCAAGUGCAUGUUCAUUAGAAUAAUCAGUAGCUAAAUUGGAAUUAAAUUAACUAAACUUAUAACAGAAAGGGAAGAAAAUUUAUUAUAACUAGAAAUAAGUAAAAUUUGAAUAUAAAAAUAAAAACGUCCAUAGUAAAACGUUUUCAAAGCACAAAGCCAAAAAAAUAUUCUUAUUGUAACAGCUAUAUUAACUGAUUUAAAGAUACAAGUACACAAAAUAGAAUAAUUAAUUUUUUUGGUUCAGUGUGGAUUUAUUUUUUAGCCAAGAAUAAAUUGUGUCUUGUUAUUAUUUUGAAUGUUUGUACAUAAAGUGGUUUGCUAGUAAAUUUUUAAAAAUAAAUUACUUGUGUUUAUCAUCAAGUUUUAAGUAGUGACAAUUUGUAUCAGGAAUGUUUGGAAUGUUAUAACAACAGAAUAGUAUAACAGUCUAGUAUCCAAGGGCCAAUUUGCAUUAUAUGCACACAACCUGGAUUUCUUGAAAUUGAUAUUGGA